CCUCGCCAGAAUUUCAGUUCAACAGAGAACUUUGUGCGGGUAACAUCUAGCGCAUAACACGGCAUCGCCUCGAAGGGUCACGCGACUAGACUCUGGUGCUGUCACAGCCGCUUUUCGUCACUUUCUUCCACUAACUAGUCUCGGAAAACUCAACCCCUAGUCAAAGUCUAUCCUGUGUUUUUUUUCACUUCCGGUGUGCUCUCUUUCUGUCCGUGGUGUUUAAAGGAAAAAGCAAUCAUUGUGGUGAAAAGUUUUCUCUAUCAUCGAAGCGAAAACGAAAACGACAGCCAGCCUUUUCGACACAAUACAUAUCACCAUCAUCAUUCUUUCAAAAGUGCGGUUCUAUUUUUACAUCCAUAGAAGCAAGCGUAUUUUGGUCUAAAUUAGAAAGCUUUUCGCUUUCGGCUCGUAUUGUUGCUGUUAUCGAAGGAGGGCCUAUCCCCGAAGCGGCCGCGACUGAUUGCAUGAAUAGUUAUCUCGAGGCGCAUCCACUAUUGACAGACGGGCUCGGCAGUGGAUGAAGAUUUUUUCAAUCAAAGCGACAUUGUUUUAGACGCUACCGAAUCGCCCAGAUAUUCAAGUGGAAGAACGUUUGCCGCCGCCGCUGGACAAGAGGCAACCGGGCCAAGUUCAAAUCGUUGCCCAGGUCUGCUCGCAUCAUCCGUGAUACAUAUAUAAUUUAGCGAUACACCAAUUGAAGCCAAUUACUACACAGAGCAGAGUGCGCGCCGAGUGUGGAGUGAGUGAGUGUCUGCUUAGUAUAUUGGAAGCGAACCCCACACUGGCAAAUAGCGAAAGAGCAAUACAUAACCUAAAACAACCAAACGAAUUGAGUGCAAAAUCUGGGAGCAAUCGAAUUGAGCCUGCAUACUACUGUUAGUGAAGUUUCCUGUUAGAUCGUUAUUAAAUGGGGUACCGAAGCAGCUGCCGAACAGCAAUACAGGUGCCGCCCCGCUUCGCCUAGAUGAAAGGGCCCAGCAGGAUCAAAUGUCGCAUCGCUAGGCGCUUGUUUUUGUUUUUCGCCACCCUCUCGAUCAUCCCGUUUACGGUGCUAUAUCUGGUCACCUCGGAUCAUCUGUAUCGAUUCAGAGCAAAUAAUUACGGUGCAGGCACCAAUGGCUCACGACAUCCGCUACAAUUCCACGCGGUGCACCACCCUGCCCUGCAGGGGCAUCGUGGCCACAAUGGUGGUCACCAAGCGCAGCACACCGAUCGCAAACAGUUACAGCAGCUGCAGAGGACCAUUAAGAAUAGCACGGGUAACCAGUAUCCGACGGACCUAGAGUACAUAAAGCACCGGAUGGAGCAACGAGUGGCACGUUUGAGUGAAAAGUGCUCCGAGUAUAGAUUGAAUGAACCGAAGCAAAACUAUAAACCUAAAGCGUGGGAAUAUCUCAUCAAUCACGAGUAUCAUCUGGUAUGGUGCAACGUUUUCAAGGCUGCCUCCACCUCUUGGAUGUACAACUUCAACCUACUGGCCGGUUACCCACCGGAAUUCCUUCGAAAAACCAAAGAUGUGCCACUGCAACUAGCACGCCAAAGGUAUCCUCGUCCGUCGGUAGAAGUGCUCCAGGAUGCCAUCAAUAGCUCAAUUUCAUUCCUAAUCGUACGGCAUCCGUUCGAAAGACUGGUUAGCGCUUACAAGGAUAAGAUCCAAUACGCUCUGCCGAACUCACACCACCACAAGCUCGGCGUUCGUAUUAUUCAAAAAUAUCGGAAAGUCAUCAAGGGUCAGCAGCCCUGGAACACACAGAAGUAUCCCACCUUUCCGGAAUUUGUCAAUUACUUGCUGGACGAAGUGCGGCACCCACACGCCGAGAUCGACAUGCACUGGAUCCCGGUGACGUACUUCUGUACCCCUUGUUUCUUCCACUACGAUGUGAUAGCCAAGUUCGAGACACUGCAGGAAGACCAGUCCUACCUGAUCUCGGUGGCCAAGUUAGGAGACAUUGUUAAGCCCCAAUGGAAGAACGCCGGUAAAGGGGCCCAUACUAAUGAAGUAGUACUGAAACUUUUCGCUACCCUGGACGAGAACCAACUGCGAGGCCUGUACGAAUAUUAUCGUUACGAUUUCGAACUGUUUGGGUAUAGCGCCGAGGAGUACUUCAACGCCAGAGAACCAUUUUAAUUCGUCAAAUUACUACAUUACACUAUUCUAGUGAGACCAAUUAGAAGCGCGCAAAUGAGAGCAGCUGUUUUAAGCAAACUUAUCUUUAAAAUAGGCAUCGAACGUUGAAGCAAGUUCGCAGAAUCAAAAACAAAGCGAUUUUUUUUCCUAGCGGAACCAGAACGUAUUUUUAUAUCGCAAAAGACAUCAAUUUUAGACGUCCAAUAGAUUUGUAGGGUAAAUAAAUCUGAUAACUGUUUCGCUCGCUAGGAUAGGAUUAGCUCGGUUGCGUUAGAUUUACGGGAAAGGGAGACAAUAUCCGCUGCGACCGAGAUUGAUAACCCUUAGGCUUUUCCUACUACUGUUGUAGCAAACAGAGUAAGGCUUGAAACACAAUUUUGAAUAAUAAUAAUACGCAUCGUUUGUUGAACUGUUUUUUAAACGAAAAAGUAAAAUCCAAGCAUGA